UUUUCCCAUUUUAUCGCAAAGCACAUUCGAAUAGCUUCUCUUAUUUUCCAUUCAAUUGAAUAGUCAUUUCACACAAAGGUGAUUUUAUACUUUCAUACACCACUGCGUGUGUCCCAUCUGGUCCUUACCGAUAACGAGAAAUUGAUUUUUCAUUGAAUUACUGCAGCAUUAUAUAAAAUCAGUUCUUUUAGUGCGUGCCACAAAUUCUUUAGAACCGUUGAGCGAGUAGUUUGUGCUGUAACUGAAUAUUUUGCAAGUUUUCUGGCAGAAUUUGUUAUUCAAAAGUAAAUUUAUCAAUUGCAAUAAAGGAAUCCAAAACAUAGAAACGACAUGAGCAAAAUAUACCUUCUGAAAUUGUCUCUAUAUGGUUGGCAAAAUAUUAUUAGCUUGUGUUUUUUAAUUACCUGCAUCUCUUUCUGCCACUCUUAUGCUACUACUGAAGAAAGAAGAAUAAGUUUUGGUUUCGAUCCUAAGCACAGAAAUUUAUUGCAAUAUAAUAUUUAUUUCAAUGUAAAAUCGAGAACAAGAGCAACAGCUCGAGACUUUAAUUCAAUAAUUGCUAAAUAUAUUGAUGUUUCACGUGAGCAUGUGACAAGAAGAGCAGCUUCUCCUCUGAUUAAAGAUAUACAAUCACCAUCACCUUAUCAUCGAGAACGUCAUGCUACUAAUCGACGUCAAGGAGUAAAUGAUGACAUUAUUCAUAACAAAGAGAGACAGUUUCGCAGAAAUGAAGAACUUCAUUAUUUACAACGAUUUAAAGAGUCGAGUGAUCAGGAGAGAAUAAUUCAAACAUAUCCAAUGGAUUUAAACAUGAGAAGAAGUAACGAUGAAAGAGAACGUAGGCAUUCUAGGAGAUCUUUGGACAGGCAACUUCGAUCAACAAUGUCACGAACUUCACAUUCAGACCAAAGGUUUCGCAGACUUUCUCUUGAGUACAGAAGAUUGACCAUUAAGCAAUCUGACAAUAGCGUUUGGCAACAACGAUUUAGAGUACAGACUAGAACUUCUCUCAAUAAUUUAGAAAACUAUAAGUACGAACUACUCAGAAGAUAUCAGUUUAAUUCCAGAAACCUUAACAGAGUACAAAGUAUUAGUCCAUUAAUGCAGCAGCCGAGUCUCCAAACAUUAAGAUAUAGAGUUAAUCAAUACAGAUUGCAUAGAGAUGCAAAUGAUUUAGAAAACAAUUUAUUAACAAAUAAAUAUAAUUCUGAAAUGAGAGAAAAUAUUGAAAUUAGACGGCAACACGAACAACGUAACCAUAAUACUCUACCUCAAUACUCCUCAAGAUGCAAUUCCCUUUUGAGUAACCGACAAAUUCAGGAUUCAUUCACUUUUGUAGAAUUAAAUAAAAAUGCAUUCCGAGCACAAGAUCAGUUCCUAUUUUCAGAGUUUGCUUCAAAUAAACAAAUUAAUCGAUUGUUAACAAUUACAAAUAUGAAAAUGAAUAACGUCAGGAAACAAGUUACUGAAUUAAGGGAGAAUAGAAAUCGCAUGGAAGGAGCAUAUCUUAAAAAUCUAAGAGCACAUUCGCAAGAAAGGAAAGAUGUUGAACGAGAGAGACAAGAUAAUGUCUUUUUAGAUCGAAGGCAACUUUUUGAUCCUAUGGCACAAAAGAGGCGAAUUUCUUAUAAUUCAUUUGAACAGAGAAACACUGAUGCUGCAAGGCGAUUAGUUAGGAGUAGAGUUUUAACAAAACACACCGAAAGAACAAGAAAUGAACAUCAAAUUAGGAGGUUUAUAAAUGAUGGAUUAGAGGUUCGCUUGGAAAUGAAAACCAGGACUUUCAACUUCCAAACGACAAAUACUACUCCAACUUCUCAACGUAACAAUUUAUCUUCUGAAUUGCAAAUUGAUAUUUCAAAAGGAAAACUUAAUCUGAACGAAACAAACUUAUUCACAGAAGUUGUAAGGCACAUCAUUAUAAUUGGUCUUUGCGCAUUACACGCAUCAUCCACUUUUGGAAAGAAGAGCACAUUUUUCAGGCGCACUAAACAUCAACUUCAUCUUUUAACUGGUGUUUAAAAUAUAUGAAAGUGUAGGAAAACAUCUAAAUUCCAUGACUUUGAAUAAGAUGUGUAACAAAAAUUAUUAACAGAAAUGUAUUUAAUAGAAAUAAAAAGAUGUUCAUUGAAA